AUGAAAGAAGGGUCUAGCAGCAAAGGGAGGAAAAAGUGCCUAGCAAUAACAUUUAUUGUAGUGAUUACAAUUGUAUUGCUAGUGGUGAUCUUAGCACUAGUGUUCAGACCAAGGCAGCCUAUUAGCACUGUGGAUUCCGUAAGCAUUAAGGACAUGGACAUGAGCAUGGAUUUGUUUGCAGCAAGGUUAAAUUUGAAUUUGACAUUGCAAGUGGAUGUGUCAGUGGAGAACCCAAAUAAAUUUGGAUUCAAGUUCUAUGAUGGUAAUGCCUUACUCAACUAUAGAGGGCAAUUGAUUGGGGAUGCCAUUAUUCCCAAUGAAGAGAUAUUAGCUGAGGAGACUAAGAGAAUGAACUUGACACUCACUCUUAUGGCUGAUCAUUUGUUCUCCAAUCCUCAAGCUUUAAAUGAUGUUUCAUCGGGUGCAUUGCCCCUCAACACUUUGAUAAGAAUUUCUGGCCAAGUCGACAUGUUAGGCUUUAUCAUAUUCCAUGUGGGUUCUACCUCAUCUUGUGAUUUCACCCUCUAUCUUUCCAAUAAAACAAUUGUGAACAUUAAGUGCCAAUACAAGACUAAGAUUGGGCGUUGA